CUAAGGAAAUCAAGAAAAUAUUCAAAGAAUUUGAAAAAUUCAAUCUAAAAAUAAAAAAAUUUAUAAAAAAAAUGUCGUCAAGAUUCCAACAAACUCUUUUCAGCAUAAGAAUUAAGAUCAUCGGUUGACAUCAUGAUUCAAUCUUUGCUUUUUAUUUUUCAUAGUUCAUUUCCAAAUCAUGCUCAUCUUAUCCCUACCACAAGAAUGGUUGUGGUGCAAGCGAGUCAUGGCGUGGAACCGCCACUAAAUCCAAGGCAAAAACGAUCAAUCUCUGCAACAAUGACAAGUGAUGGGAAGUUGUUUAGAGACCUUGAUAAUACAGUGAAAUCAAGAGUGAGAAUUCGGAAUGGAGAGAACUGAGAGGUGAAAGGUAAAGGGACUGUAGCAAUAGAGAGUUGUGCUAGAAUUAAGCUGGUUUCUAAUGUGAUGUAUGUGCCUGAGAUUGAUCAAAAUUUGCUGAGUAUGGGGCAGUUGAUAGAGAAGGGAUUUAAGGUGAUAUUUGAAUAGGGGAAGUGUUUGAUCUUUGAUUCCAGUGGUCAGGAGUUGUUCAUGAUAAAGAUGCAGCAGAAGAGUUAGGUGGCAUUCAAGUGUGAGGCAAGUGAUUCAGAGAUAUGGCACAAGAGGUUGGAGCACUUUCAUCACAAAGGAUUGUUGUAUAUGUAGAGGAGUGACAUGGCAAGUGGCCUGCCACCUCUGGAAGAGGAAUUCCCAAGAUGUAAAGCAUGUUUGAUGGGCAAGCAAAUCGGAAUUCCAUUCAAUCAGUCGACUUGGAGGGCCAAUGAGAAGCUAAAAUUAAUUCACACAGAUGUGUGUGGUCCACGGGCAACUUCAUCACUGAAAGGUCAAGAGAAACAAGCUGGAAAAGAAGGUUGAACCUGGUGUGUUUAUUGGCUACAACCUUGUGUCAAAAGCCUAUUGAAUUUAUCAAUCAAAGACUGGAAAAGUAAUCACAAGCAUGGAUGUUCAGUUCCUGGAAGAAGAAAAGUGGAAUUGGGUUGGUGACACUCAGAAUAAACCACAUAUGGUGUCCUUGGAGUCAAAUGAAUUGGUCGAUGACAUUCUAGUUAGAGGCACCAAUUCUUUGGCUAAUGUAUAUCAGGGGUGCAGUGUGGUUGUUCUGGAGCCAGUAGGAUUUGAAGAAGCCAAGAAUGAUUAGAGAAGGAUGAGUGCAAAGAAAUAGGAGUUGGCUAUGAUAGAGAAAAACCAUGCUUGAAAGCUAGUGGAGAAGCCUAAAGACAGGAAGAUCAUUGGGCUAAAGUGGGUCUUCAAGACUAAACUUAAUCCUGAUGGCUUAGUAAACAAGCAUAAGGCCAGGUUUGUGGUGAAAGAUUAUGCACAGGUUUGGAGAGUAGAUUUCUCUGAAACAUUUGCAACUGUAGCAAGGUUAGAUACGAUCAAACUAAUUCUUGCCUUAGCAGCUCAAAAUUGGUGGAAGGUGUAUCAAUUAGAUGUCAAAUCUGCAUUUUUUAAUGGAGUUUAGUUGGAAGACAUUUAUGUUGAGCAACCAGAGGGAUUCAUCGUACUAGGUUAGGAGGAGAAGGUCUACUUGCUGAAAAAGGCUUUAUAUGGCUUGAAGCAAGCUCCUAGAGCAUGGUACAGCAAGAUGGAUGGGCAUUUGUUGAGUUUAGGCUUCGAAAAAAAGCUCGAGUGAAUCCACUCUGUAUGUUAAGAAGUCUGAUUCUGACUUAGUUAUCGUAUCUCUCUAUGUGGAUGAUUUGCUGGUAAUAGAAGGCAAUGAAGCUCAGAUCACUGCUUUGAAGCAGAACAUGAUGAAGAUGUUUGAAAUGACUGAUUUGUGUGAGAUGUUCUACUUUCUUGGCAUGGAGAUCAAACAAGCUCUUGCCAUAGGAAGCACUUGAAGGAGAUCUUGAAGAGAUUUGAUACUGAGGAGUGCAAAAGUGUGACUACUCCAAUGAGUAAGAAAGAGAGGCUGCAGAAGAAUGAUGAUACAGAUUCUGCAGAUGAAGGUCUUUCUAUGAGCUUAAUUGGUUGCCUAAUGUAUCUCGUUGCAAUCAGGUCAGACAUCAUGUUUCCGAUAAGUUAAGUGUCUUGUCUAGAUUUCUUAAUUGUGCAAGUGAGUUGCAUAUGGUAGUUGCAAAUAGGGUGCUGAGGUACUUGAAGGGUACUCUUUCGUAUGGAAUUAAGUUCUGUAGAGUUCAGGAGUUUAAGUUGCAGGGGCAUUCUGACAGUGAUUGGGCUAGAUCAGUGGAAUACAUGAGAAAUACUUUUGGGCAUUGCUUCACAUUUGGAUUAUGAUUUUUUUUCUUGGUGUUCGAAGAAGCAGGAGUUGGUGGUUCAAUUAACUGCAGAAGCUGAGUUUACUGCAGCGUCUGUAGCUGUGAAUUAAGCAAUAUGGUUGAAAAAGCUGAUGGAUGAUUUGCAUUUUCAGCAAGAGGAUAGCAUAGAGGUCUUUGUGGACAACCAAGCAACUCUGAUGAUUUCACAUAAUCCAGUUUUUCAUGGAAGAACAAAGCAUUUCAAAGUUAAGUAUUACUUCUUAAGGGAGGUGCAAAGAUCGGGUGAAGCAAAGCUAGUAUAUUGCAGUUAAGACAACUAACUUGCAGAUAUAUUUACUAAGUCAUUUCAUGUUGGUCGUUUUGAAGCUCUUAGAGACAAGUUGGGUGUGUGUGCAGCUCAUAAUUCAGGAGGAAAAUGUUAAUAAAUUAAGAGCUAUUGUUUUUACUGCUGUUUUAUUGCUAUCCUUGUUCUAUUUUAUUGAGUCCUAGUCCUUAGGAGUGACUAGCCGUUGUGACUAUUUUUUAGGAUGUUAGUUGCUGUUUUCUGGUCAAGCAAGGUAGUUAGUAACAUGUCUCUGUGAGUUGCAAUGUUUAGGAAUUCAGUUAUUAGUCAUUUUGUAUUUAUUCUGCUCAAAGAUUAAUGAAGUGAUCCUUUCAGCUCUAUUCCUUUGUCUGUCUCUUCUCCAACUUUAAAACAUCAAAUCUGAUCUGCCCAUCCCGUCUCUCCUUGCAUUUUACUGAUUGUUCUUCAUAGAUGGUCAUCCUUCCACUGGCAUCGGUCCUGGAGUGCCAAUAUAAAUAACUGAAUUUCCUUACGUUAACUGCACCGGUGGUCUUUCUCUUGUAACUUACUCUUAGAUAAACGCAAUCUCUAAUCUCCGAUUCCUACUUGGGGGGGACCCCUGCCAUUACCUCUUGAUAUUUUUGGUGAGCAGUCUUGAUCACCAAGCCAGAUUGGGGGACAUCAUUAUACUUUUUGAUAUAUAAACGGCCUCGUCUUUUUCCCCAUCUGCGGGGUGUUUCCAACAUGUUUGGUUUGAGACUGAUUUCUAUCCGGCUGUCGGCUUACCUUGCCUGGACUGUGAUUCCAGUGGACUUGGAGCCCUGCACUAUAAGCACAAUUAGCUCAUUAAUAGCGUAGUUUACCCAACUAUGACUGGGUAGGCGACCACUUUUUUCUACCGACGAAGUUUAAAAUUAUGAUAGGUAUUACUCUUGCAAUAACGAUGAUAUAUAAUCCCCAGCUAAACAGGUGUAUUUUUGGAAUUCGAACUCGCCCUCUUUUCCUCAUGGUGUAGUGUUGCUUACCAAUAAUUUUUUGGUGGCGGCUCCAUCUUUUGGCUGCAGCAAAAGUGGUUUCUUCUUGGAGUAGGAUCCGUGUGGGGAUGCAAUAAUUGUUGCGUCCAGUCAAUCUUCUUAUCAGAUAAAGGACGAGAAAGAAUUCUAUGAGCCAGAAGCAUGCUCGUUUGGUUUCUCAUUGAGAGGUUAUUGUAGGAGAGGGAGCAUGCUCCUGGCGCAGCGAAUAGUUUCAUAGCCUCCCCGCCAACCCUGGCCAAUAAAUCCAAGCCAUUAUUAUGUCUUCUCGCAUGUUCCAUUUGACCCCGAGGCAUUCCCGCUACAUAUAACUACCUUCCUUUUUAAGUGUAUUGAACUUUGCGAUCAGAUUACCCAGAAACCGGUGCACUCGACGGAGAUGAAGACAUCCCCCUUCACUAUCCCUGAUGUUUUGCUGAGCUCCGCCGCCCCCGGAGCCCGUCCCAUGCCGGUGAUUGGCCUGGGCACGGCCGCAGACCCACUUGACCCCGUGGCCAUGAAGUUAGCGGUGAUCGAGGCCAUUAAGCUGGGAUACAGACACUUCGAUACGGCCUCAAUGUACGGUUCGGAGGUGCCCCUUGGUGAGGUCCUAGCUGAAGCCAUCAGGCUUGGCCUCGUCGCGUCCCGUGAGGAGCUAUUCAUCACCACGAAGCUCUGGUGCAGCGACACCCACGUCGACCGUGUCAUUCCUGCCAUCCAAAAUUCCAUUAGGAAUCUUCAGUUAGAUUAUCUCGACCUGUAUCUCAUUCACUGGCCGAUCAGCUGUAAGCCGGGGACAUAUGCCCACCCAGUGGAUGAAGAAGAUCUCAUGCCCAUGGACUUCAAGGCGGUGUGGGCGGCGAUGGAGGAGUGCCAGAGGCGGGGCCUCACCAAGUCCAUUGGAGUCAGCAACUUCUCCUGCAAGAAGCUCGAAACAAUCCUCAGUUUUGCCACCAUCCCACCGUCAGUCAAUCAAGUGGAGAUGAACCCAGUAUGGCGGCAAAAGAAACUGAGAGAGUUCUGCCUAGCAAACAGUAUAUUUAUCACUGCUUUCUCACCUCUAGGCGCGAGCGGGACUAAUUGGGGAACGAACCUAGUCGUGGAGAAUGAGAUUCUUCAGGAGAUCGCUAAGGCUCGAGAGAAGACAAUUGCUCAGAUUUGUCUUAGGUGGGCUUACGAGCAGGGGGUAACGUUCGUGGUGAAGAGCUUCAAUAAGGAAAGGCUGAGGGAGAAUCUGGAGAUCUUCGACUGGGAGUUGAGUGAGGAUGAUCACGAAAAGAUCAGCCGUAUCCCACAGAAGAAGAUGAUGCUCAAGGAAGAAUUCGUCUCGCCCGAGGGGCCUUACAAGUCCGUCGAAGAAUUAUGGGACGGGGAGAUCUAA